UUUUUCAUAGUUUAACGCAGUCAAAUGCAUCGUGUACCUGUUUUCAAGGCGCCAGACUCAAACAACAAAUCAACUCAACAGUGUAAGAGUAAUAUUGAAGUGGAUGUGAGAAAAUAUCGCAGUUUUACAAAAUGAAAACCUCUCGAGCAGCCGCACAGAACAGCGUUAAGAAUAAAGAGGAUUGCGGUGUGUGGCUGGACACUUUGCAACUGAAAAGAAAAGUUCAAAAGAAACGUUCAGCCCGGCCCAUUUCCAAACUGCUAAACCCCUUUACAGAUGGAGCAGGAUACAAUGUGGCUGUAGCUCUCAACUUUACUCAGACCAAAAUGGAAAUGCCAAAAACAAAACAAAGCUCAAUUUCCAACUUCUUUACAUGUCAACGCAGAGUUCUCAAAAAAAUUUGCACCUCUGGAAGACCAAACGCAAGCGCGCAAGAGGAAUUUUCUUCAGUUAGAGCUACAGCUACAGGAGAUUCUGAUGACUUCAACAAUGAGCCACUAUGGUCUGGGGAUCUUAAACAAGAAGGAAAUACACAACAAACUGAGCCUCACGCUGCCUUGUGGUGGGAGAAUGAAGAUGAAGAAUGUAACCUUGCUUCUCUUCCAAACAUACACCGUUACUAUAAAAAAGAAUCAUCAACAGAUAUGAGCCAAUUGAUGAAUAAAAGCAAUAUAACAUCAUAUACUUGUAACAUGGAGCAGGAGAACAGUCAGGACCCUUUGUACAGUAAUCAUUUUCUUAGCAGCCUUCCUACUCAGAACAGUUUUAACACAUUUGGAGGUUUGUUCAAUGCCCAAGUAAGAACCUCAACUCAGAAAACAUUUAAAAGGCCCUCUUUGCAAAAUGAUAAAGAAAACAGCAUUCCCAAGUAUCCAAGGAUGCCCAUGCAUGACUCGCAUGUUCAGAUAAUGUCAAAACAAACAAAACUGGAACGACUUCAAAAUGACAUUUCACUAGAGACUUGUACUCAAGAUCAAGAUGAGGGCUGUAAUUCGCCAAUCAAAUGGACAAAACCUAAAAACUCUCUAAAGAAGAAACUAAAAUGUCAGUUUCGAGACAGUGAUGAUGAGAAUAUGAGCAUGUUGUUCACUCAGGAUUCACAAGGCUUCAGGGUGAUCGCUCAUAGAGGUCUUCAAACUCGGAAUGCACUCAAAGACCAGAGUAACGUAACUGCCAUGAAAAGACCAGAGGAGGAUGAAGGAGAUGAAGAUGAGGAGAUGCUAUUUACUCAAGACUCACAAGGAAAUAUGGUGAUUAAACAUUAACACCUGGAGUAGAUAAUGCAAGAUGUAAUACUGUUCAGUUUGGUAUUUCUCUUUUAGAUAUAAUAAAACAUUUAGUAACUGAAAUACUCAUUAUUAUAGUAAUCCUGUUUUUGCUUCUGAAUUAUUUACAUUAUAUUUACAUUAUGUGAGGUAUAUAAGACUGGACUGAAAGUAAUCAUAGUUCCAACUGUUGUAGAACAUCAAUGCGGCACAAAAUGGUGGGCUUUCAUUUUUAUUUGUAAAAUAAACAAUCACAAAUGGUAUCCAUGUAAAAUAAAAUGCUUUUAACAAGUUAA